GAUUGACUUACUCCCCUACUUUAAUUCUAGUGUCGUAGCUAGACAAUAACCAACCCGGUAGUCUCCCUGACCUAUGUCCAGUGAUCUAAUAUAUUCUAUGUAUAUAUUUCUAUGUCUUUUUCUUCCUCUCUGAAUUUGUGUAGAUAAAAUGAAAUAAAAAUGGGGGGAAAAGGCCGGCCAUUGAAUGCGGGAAUGAAGACUGACACUCUCAGCAGGAAACCUUGCACGCCUCCCUGUGCCUGAGAACCAAUCAUUGCCCUAGGUGGAGCGGAGCCAUGACCGUCCAGUGUUCGAGGCCUCGAAUAGAAGCGGGGAUGCACAGAAGGGUAAAUAUUCCAGGCCCUCGUAGCCUAUGGAACCGUGCUACUAAUUUUGGCCCAGUCCCGGUAUGGCUUUUUUUCCCUUCUCUUUUGCGACAAAUUGCCCUCCUUUUUGAUUUUUACUUAUCUAAUUUUUUGGGGAUUUCCCUUGUCUUUGCUUUUUCUUCUUGUUAACACUGGGGUGGAUACCACAUUCAACGCGGGCCAUGCCUGGCUCAUUGAUGGACGGGUUUUCCAUGAUUUUUUCUUUUCCUUGCGGUUUGAGAUAUGGUUGUGGGCCACCCGAUCUGUCAUCUCUUCUUCUUUGUCUGUGCUCUCCGGGUUGUUUUUAUUUAUUUGCUCUACUUUUAUUCUUAUUCUUAUUUUAUUUAUUUAUUUAUUUAUCUAUUUAAUUUUUUUUUUCCUUUUUUUUUUUUUCGUUAUAUUUUUUUUUUUUUUUUUUUUUUUUUUUUUUUUUUU